CACAAGACCAAACCACACACAUCAAAUCACAAUGGCGGUGGCAGUCUCGCAAACCGCGCCUUCGGGCUUACAGAAUGUCUCUGCUCUGCUGGAGACCCUGACCACCUGUCUAAAUAACACCGGCUCGUCUCUUCCCAAGGCCGAGCGGGAAUCUCCCUCGGAUGUGUCGAUCGAACCGCCGCAAGACGGCAUCUCGCUUCUCGACACCAAGUCCGACCUACUCCUGUCCUACCUCCAGAACCUCGUUUUCCUGAUCAUCUUUCAACUGCGUGGCCUCAAAAAGGAUGAAGAGGAUGAUGUCGAUGAGUCGCUUCCGGAGGAUAUCAUCAAGAAGCUCGUCGAGCUACGCGUCUACCUGGACCGCGGUGUCCGCCCACUGGAGGGAAGAUUGAAGUACCAGGUGGACAAGGUCAUCAAGGCUGCAGAGGAUGCAGAGAGAACCGAGCAUAGCGCCGCCACUACGCGCAAGAGCAAGAAAAUCAAGGGCUCCGACGACGAGGAGUCCGGAUCGGAGGGGAGCAGUGAAAGCGAGGGUGACAGCGAGGAAGAUGACGAGGGGGAGGGCGAUGGAGAAGAUAUCGAUGAGAUGGCCUACCGGCCCAACGUCUCCGCCUUCUCGAAGAGAGGGGAACCACAGACCGCGAAGGUCGACAAGUCCAGCAAGCAACCCGCCAGCGAUGGUAUCUACAGACCGCCCCGGAUCAUGCCUACCGCCUUACCCACGACCGAACGGAGAGAGCGCCGCGAGCGACCCGCCCAGCGCUCGAAUGUCAUUGACGAGUUCGUCAGCGCCGAGAUGUCGUCCGCUCCGAUGGCGGAGCCUAGCAUUGGUAGCACGAUUGUGCAGGGUGGCCGGCACACGAAAUCGAAGAAGGAGCGUGAGAGAGAGGCCGAGCGGACCGCAUACGAAGAGACCAACUUUGUGCGCUUGAUGAAGGAGAGCAAAAAGGACCGUGCCAAGCGGCUCCGCGCCGAGGGCCCACAAAACCAAUACGGUGGUGAGGAUUGGCGGGAUCUCACGGCGGGAGCCGAUCGGAUCACGAAACUUACGCGGAGGGCUAAGGGCAGUGGAGGGGCGUUGGAUAGGAGUCGGAAGCGCAAGACUACCGAGGACGGGCAGCGUGAUGAUGGGGUGGGAGUGGGUCAGAUCUUUGAGAAGCGGCGCAAGAAGGUUGAUAGCUGGAAGCGGUGAUUGUACAGUACCAUUUUUUUUUUUUUGUUCUAUUGUUUGAAUAUUCUAGACAACAC